AUGGCGUCUAAUGAAUAUAAAGCACGUGCUCUUUACGAUUUUGUUGCUGAAACUGCAGCUGAACUUAGUUUUACUGAAAAUGAGAUUCUUAUAUUAACAUCAACACCAGCGGAAAAUCUAUGGUGGACCGCUCGAAAUUCCUUUGGACAAACAGGUUCAAUUCCAUCAAAUUAUGUAGAAAUAAUCUAUGAUGAACAAGAAUCAACACAACAAACAGCAACAUAUCAAGAUAUAAAUUUUAAUUAUGAUUCUAUCGAUGAUGCUAAUAUUUAUCAUCAACCAACAUCCGAAGCGACUUAUCAACCUCAAAUCGAACAAGAACAAAUACAAAAUACCGAUCUUACAUCAAUUAAUAACUGGACAACAGAUCCAGAUUCACAAAUCUACCAAGAACCAUUUACAAAUGAUCAACAAAUAAAUAUAGAUAAUACUUUCAAUCCAUUAUUAUCAACAACAAGAAAUGAUAAUACAUCUGAUUUUAUACCUGUAACAUCUUUAUCAUCUGAUCCAUACAUAACAGUUACAGACAUUCCAGUAGUACAAAAUUCAAUACUACAAACAUCUGAUAAUUCUUUUCAACCAAAUAUGAAAACGUCUUAUCAAACCGAUCCAUGGUAUUUUGAUUCUACAAAUGUAUCGACACCAAUUUUAUCAACAGAUUCUUCAAUACAACAUGAUUCAACAUUAUCAUAUGGAUAUCCACAAAUAACAAUCACAGAUGCAAGACAAGAACAACAAAUUUCAUCAUUAGAUGAUUUUAUGUAUUCAUCACAAAUGUCAAAUUCUGAUGCUAUUUAUGAUAAUAUACCAACACAAGUAAUAAAUUCUAAUCCACCUGUAACAAUGAUGCCAUCAACUAUACAUAAUAUAUCAUCAAUACCGAUAGAAAAUAAUAGUAAUUUAAAUAAUUUUCCUACAACUCAACCAUUAUCAGAAACAAAAUCUGAAGAAGUUGCAAAAUCAGCACCACCUAUAAAAGAAACAAAAAAUAAAUUUUUUACAUUAAAACGUCAAAAAUCAAAACGUGAAGGAGAAAAACGACUUUCAUUAAGUGAUGCAUCAUUAGACUCAUCACUAAAACGCAUGAAUGAUGAUAAUAAUUCGUUAAGUUCUAAUGUUUCAGGAUCAGCAUUACAACAUACGAUAUCAAAUCCAAACAAAUCACCUGUUGGAGAAGGUGAUGCUAAAGGAUCAGCUCCACGAGCAAGAUUUUUUGAUAAACAUGGUGUAGACAAUUAUUUAUUGCAUGGAUGUAAAGCCAAAACAGAUGAACAUGUUCAUAUAGGUUAUGACGAAAAAGAAGGUGGUAUUUGUUGGUCACAUAAUCCUACUAUGCCACCAUUUACAUGUAAAGUUGAAGAGCCAUUAAAAGGAACAAAAUUAGGUGGAUUUAAAUCUUUUAUCGAAUAUAAAAUUCAUACACAAAUAUCUGGAAAUCGAGUUGUUGGACGACGUUAUAAACAGUUUGAUUGGUUACAUGAACAACUUGUUAAUAAAUUUCGUUUUAUUUGUAUUCCACCAUUACCUGAAAAACAAAUAGCUGGACGAUUUGAACAAGAAUUUGUUGAAGAACGUCGACGACAACUUGAAUUAUGGCUUAAUCGUAUUUGUCGUCAUCCAGUACUUUGUGCUUCAUUUCCUGUACAACAUUUUGUAACAUGUGAACUUACUGAUGGAAAUAAUAAAGAAUGGAAAGCAGGAAAACGAAGAAGUGAAAAAGAUGAAUUACGUGAAGCCGUAUGGCUUCAUUGUGUUACAUUUACAAAUUCAAAUUUAUCAGAUGCAGACAUUACAUCAUAUAUUGAUGCAUUUGUUCAACAACAACCAAGUCUUGAAUCACAAAUAAAAAAUCUUACUCAAGGUUUAGUAAAAUAUCUUGAAAGACAUACGGAAAUUUAUGAACGUGAUAUUCAACGUAUUAGUGAACUUUUUGCUAAAUUUCAAAAAGUUUUACAAAUGGAUACCACUACACUUGGUAAUAAAGAACUUUCAGAUUCAACAUUGAAAGUUAGUACUGCAUACAAUUCAAUAGCUGAUUUAUACAAAACAAAAGGUAGUGAAGGUAUUCGAGAUUUUGAUGAACGUAUUCAAGAAUAUAUUGGUCUUUUGGCUUGUUUUCCAUUGAUAUUAAGUAUUCAACGAAGUGCAUCAGAAUUUAUACGAAAUAUACAACAACGUGGUCCAUCAACAGUAUCAGAUUAUAAUGGUGUAAUACAUCGUUCUCAAGUUCUUAAUCAUGUUGUUUUAGCUGAAAUAAAUUUUUUUCAAAAAGAAAAAGUUCAAGAUUUAAAUUUAUAUAUGAAAACACUUAUGCAUGAACAAAUUCAAUUUUAUGAACAAAUUACAUCAGAAUUACAUGACGCAGCAGUAACAUUUCAUUAA